AUGCUAUUAUUAGGAAGAUAUAGUGGGCAUCACUCCAGCCUUAGUCUUUAUAAUCCUUCUCGUCAGAUAAAAGAUUCUGUAUCGAAAGCAUUCCGCAAUUAUCGAAAUGUUCAACUAGAACCGUUAGAUACUGUUGAAUUAGCCCAACAGCAAUCGGCAAAUAGAAAAACGGUUAGCACUGACGAUCUUCCUGAUGUUGGUGAUGAGAUUCCUAAUACAAUGGCUGUUACAACUACAAAACAUCACGAUGAUGUUAAACUCCAGCGUCCAAACAAAUUACCAGCAGUAUCUGAUCCAGAAUUUGUCAACACACUUCAAAAACACUCUCAGGUAUGCAAUGUUAUUCUUGAUUUUACUUGUGCAGAGUUUGAUGCUGAGGCAAAGCAAAUAAAAACAGAUUCUUUGACUCAAAUAGCAGCACUAGUUGAUACUGAGGCAUCCUAUAACACGCUCAACCCCGAUGCCGUUCAAAUAAUUUUAGAUAUCGUAGAACACCACGUUUUUCGUCCAGUCGAUCAAGUUCAACCGAAAUUUUUAAUUUCAGAUGAUCUUGCCACAUUUACCGACUGCUCAAUGCCCCAUCUUUCACUUGUUUAUGGAAUUCUAUCAAAAAUGGUAACUUUCGACAAAACAAUCACCAUUGACUACAUCACAAGAGUCAUUGAUCGCUUCUGGGUCAUAGAUCUUGACGAAAGGAAGCUUUUGGCCGACGUUGUGACCAAAUGGGCCCAAAUUCAGAAAAAAGAGAGCGAUAUCAAGAAAAUCGUAUCAUCAAAAAUCAACGACUACUUAUGCAAGCAAAUAUCCCCUCACGUUUUGAUUCCUUGUUUAAUUGUCAUCACAAAUCUCCUUAAUUUAGAGGAAGACAAGUACAUGCUACAGAAAUUCUUAAUUCCUUUGACAGCUUCACCGCAUUUUGUAUACUUUAAUAACGAAUUAUUUACUUUAAUCGAUAAAAUAUGUAAUUCUGAUAAAAAUCUUUACGUCGACGUCAUAGACUUCAUGGUUAACCACUGGCCGAUUACAAGACCCAGCAAACUAGUCAUUUUCCUCAAGAAAAUCAGCGUUAUGCUUCCAAAAAUUCCAUUACGCGAAUUUAAGAGAAUGCGAGUUCCCGUGUUCACGAGAUACGCGGAAGCCGCAUGCAGUCCUAACUACAAGGUCGCAGAAGCGGCUGCUUCCAUUUGGUCCGAGAUUACGCUUGAACCUCUGAUUACUGACAGUGCUAAGUACAUUUUCCCAAUUAUGGCACCGUCAAUAACCAGUGCUUUGGAGACACAUUGGUCCAGCUCAGUUAUUGACACUUUGAACAGAAGUAUCGAGAGUAUGAAUAAAAUUGACUCGUAUUUACUCCACGAAGCAGUGAAACAGAAGCCAAAGAAUGACAAGGACUUAGUGAAGACAUGGGCGUCUGUUUCUAGAGCUGCAAUGCACAAUGACAGAGAAUUACACUUGGCGGCCAAACUGUCAGAGAUACAGAAGAUUUUCACUCCGCCGAGAAAAGACGAAAGUUUCGCAAACCAGGGAAAUCAGAGACAGAUGGGAAAAAGCGUAACUGGAGUCAAAUUAGUACAGCCUGUGCUUUCUAACAGACACAUGAGGAGUUCAAUGUAUUGA